AUGGUUCUCUCUGCAAUAUACAGCGGUGACGGUCGGGAGGAGAAGCGGGACGCGAAUAUCACUACCGUCGCUACAUUUCCAAAAAUCAUGCCUCCCAGACCAGCCAAAGUAUAUCAUAUCCUUGUGAAGUCCCAUAAGCUUUCAAUUAUGCUCCACGGCCAAUUGCCAACAACUACGGUAGCCGAGCUGAAGGACCAAGUCCUUUCCGCCCUCACAUCCAAUGUCGCGUCGGGCGCCCUUGAUGUUGCAGCCAUGGAUCCUCCAGAAGUUGACGUCCAAUCAGAGGACGAUUUUGAACUAUGUCGGCCGAUCAAAGAGAAAGGAAAAGCAGCAGCGACAUUUGAGGCCCUGGAACCUCAGAAAAUACUUCGUGAGUGCGGUAUCGGGGGUUGGGAACCAUUGUUCCUUCAGUUCAGGGAUCGUGGAACAGGACAACUUUUACCGGUCCAAUAUACUCUACCGCCCAUGCUUGAUGAAGAAGAGGAGCCACAAGCUCCACCAGAAGGCAAAGGAAAACGAAAGGCAUCCGCUGGACUUGAUGAAGAUGAUCUUGAUAUAUAA